GGAGGGAGGGAGGGAGGGGAUCGAGAGGGACGCGCGCGAACAGAAGAGAGGAAGAGGAAGGUGGCAGGGUCGGUUCCGCGCGCGCCGACGUGAGAUUCCGGGCCGCCCGUGCCCGCAGGUUCAAAUAAUGGAUUAAAAACUUAAGCUGACACUUAUGGUGGAUGCUGAAUUCAACCCAGUGAAUCCGAAGCUGACCCAUGAAGAACUAAAAUAAGCUUUAUGCUUCAGUGCCUUCUGAAAUCAUCCUGAGGUCUUCAUAAGUCAGCAACCUAGAGCAGAAAAUGUCAGCUCCGGAAUUCAGGACUUCUCACCAGCAAGUAUCAUCUUCACAGUCCCCUGAGAAUGUCGGUCAACUCAAGGUCUGCCGAUGUGGGUCGGGAGACUCUAACUUUCAGAUCACUAAUAAAUCUGACGCUGGUGAAAAUUCACCGACAUGUCCAAACUGUCAGGUUCUUAAGAGUGGAAAUUUACUGCUCUCAUCUAAAGGGAUUGGCUGGACAGUAUGGAAAAAGCGUUGGUUUAUUCUUACAAGGACAUCAUUAGUGUUCUUCAGGAGCGAUCCUAGUGUUCCCCCUCCCAAAGGAAGUGAACCAAUUGUUACACUUGGUGGAAUUGACUUGAAUAACACUGCAAGUAUGAUAGUCAAAGAAGAAAGGAAAGUUAUAACGGUCGUCUUUCCUGAUGGCCGUGAUGGGCGCACUUUCACCCUUAAGGCAGAAACUACAGAAGACCUAAAUGAGUGGAGAAGUGCAUUGGAGAAUGCUCUGGCUCAGGCACCCAGUGUUGCAAAUACAGCGGGACAACAUCCGAUAGUCAGUACUGACAUAAUAGAACCUGUUGAGGCUGCUGUUGAACAAUCAGAUGAUAAGUCUGUAAUCGGCAGACCAGCAGAAUUUGCACUUGUCGAUGCUGAUGGCAAUACAGCAUUUCUGGAGAAGGCCUUAAAAUUCAUUGAAGAUUAUGGUGUCAAGGUUGAAGGAAUUCUCCGUCAGUCUGCUGAUGUUGAAGAAGUCAAACGCAGGGUUCAGGAUUAUGAAAAGGGAAAGAACGAGUUCUCCCCAGAAGAGGAUGCACAUGUUAUCGGUGACUGUAUUAAGUGCAUUCUUCGAGAGAUGCCAUCUUUUCCAAUUCCGGCACCAUGUUGCACUGCCCUGGUUAGAGCUUACCGAACUGACAAGACGAAAAGACUUGAUGCUAUGAAUAAAGUGAUAUAUGAAGUAUUCCCAGAACCAAAUCGUCAAUUGUUGCAGAGGAUUCUCAAAAUGAUGCAGAUUGUUGGAUCACACAAAGCUGUAAAUAGGAUGUCUCCAUCUGCUUUGGCAGCUUGCAUGGCACCGCUUCUUCUUCGUCCUCUUCUUCUUGGUGAAUGUGAAAUUGAUAGUGAAUUCAGUAUGGCUGGGGAUGGUUCAUUCCAGUUGCUUCAAGCUGCUGCUGCUGCCAACCAUGCUCAAGCUAUUGUUAUUAUUAUGCUUGAGGAAUAUGAUCAGAUAUUUGAUGAUAUUGAAGAUGGUUCGUACUCUUCAGAUGCUUAUACCGAGUCUGACAUUGACAAGGAAUAUUCAACAGACAAUGACAUCCCUGAAGACGAUGGUUCCUAUGGUUCUGGUGAAGAUGUUGAAGAAGAUUUAAAUGAUGAUACUGAAGACUCUUCAGGCAUGAGGGUUGAAUGUGAUAGUAACAUUAGGAUUGAUAAUGCAGAUGCUAAGGUUAAUAACAAUAUCUUGAGCGACAAUGAUAAAGUUGUUCAACCUCCUGCAAGGGCCAUGGAUGAUACAUCUAAAAUGCAGAGCAACAGUUCAUCCGCAGAUCAUAUACAAAAACAAAAUGCUCAUUCGUCAGUAAGCAAAAGGAACUCAUGGGGGCGUACUUCAGCAAGAAAAGGCUUGUCAACAGAGGAGGCUGGCUGUUGCAGUGAUACCGACGAGGCUCAUAUUGCGAAGCUUGAAAACAAGAAGACCCAUCUCCAAUCUAAACUUACAGAGGAGGUAAAAGAAAAUACAGUCCUCCAUGCAAAUUUAGAAAGGCGAAAAGAAGCACUACAUGAGCGUCGUGUAGCACUUGAAAAAGAAGUGGAAAAUUUACGAGAUCAGCUGCAGAAGGAGAGAAAUCUGAGGGCUUCAUUGGAAUCUGGGCUAAUGAAUAUGCGGAGAGGACAAGUGUCCCUUCCGUCAACGAUAGACACCAAGACUAAGGCUGAUCUUGAGGAAGUUGCUGCUGCUGAAGCUGAUAUUAUGAACUUGAAGCAAAAGGUUUCUGAUCUUCGGGGACAACUCAACAACCAAGUCCCAUUGAGUUCCACCUCGUUAUGUGAAUCAUGCAACAGCAAGCGAUCCAUAAAUGCAGACAAGUUUGUCGAAGGUGAACAAAAUGCCGGCCUAGUCGAAGCACAACCAAUUGUAGGCUCUAAUUCUGUACCUGACAUGUUCUGGGCUACAAACCAAAUGGUUCAGAAGAUGUUGUAUUCGAAAGGUGAGAUUGGGAAGGACGGCCAAGACGGAUCACUAACAUCAAGAUGGAACUUUGCACAGAGACCGCACUCAAAUAGUCCAGUUACGAGCAGGGUUCAAGGUUCAGAUGCCUAUUCAAGUACUAAAACCGAGGAGUCUGGGGCCGCACCAUCCUUUGCAUUAGCCAAGCUGACUACUCGACUCAACUUUCUGAAAGAAAGAAGGGCCAUGCUUGCCAGUGAGAUGCAAAACUUAGAUCUGGGUCGCUCCCAGGCCCAGAAGCAGACAGCUCCUCUGAAAAAUGAGACUCCAACUGAGAAGUAGAAUCGUGUUACUGCAUCUUUGUUAGGCCACAAGCCCACAAAAGCAUUGUGCCAUCGAAGUGGGACAAGUCCAGCUGCCACGAUCGAUGCUGAUGUAGGACUGCAAGGCAGUGACAGAAACCUUUGAUUGGACAAUGGACAGACUACCUAGCUAGAGUAAACUUGAUUUGUAAAUUGCACAGGUAUAUCGUGUCUUCACCAUGAUGAUUCAUAUGUCAAGUUUUGUAGCGACACCCGGUUUGUAUUAUUAUCUCCAAAUACACAAUACUCUGGGAUAAAGCCAAAGUGCGCUUGCAAAUAACUUUAUCGUGUCUGUCUGGGUACUCUGGUAUGUACAUCAACUUCAUUUAUGAUCAAGUUCAGUAAAAAUACAGUCCCAGUGCUAAAGAGAGCAACUAGUA